GUAACUUCUUAUACGGUUGUUCUCAACUGACCUUGGAAUGCAGCUUUGCAAAGCAUUACACAUUCUUUCCUUACGUAGGAGGUAAAAACAGAAUGUCUGAGACAAUUCACGGAAUUCACAAAUCUCAAAGGUUGUGGGAAAAUCUUGCAAGAGUAAUUAAGAGACUUGUUUUGUCUGGUUGCGUAAGAAAAUACAAAGAACACAUUAUGGUAAGGUAAAACCUGAGUCUUUUAACAGACGUUAAGAAAACACGUAACUGUAGCGGUGUUUUCGUAAUGACUCAUGAAACUGGGAUUAUAUUCCUACUAAUAUGACACACCAGUAACAAUUUAAUUAUAGUGUUGACACGUGCAAAGUUUUGGAACCUUUCUGGAUCUUAAAUUUGACCCCUUUAUUUUGGGACGUUACGUGUUGUUUUGCAGAGUUAUAUGACGCUUUGCAAAUGUUUUCUUUAAAAGUUCAUGGUUUACGCGACUCCCCAAGAGGCAGCACUUGUAACAAUGUAGCUUAUUUGUUUAGGGUUGUUUGAGAUCUUUAACAGAAAACAUGCAGAUUUUGUAAAGAGAAAAAAGAAAUUUAAAUUUUCUGGCCUUAAAUUUUCUCCAUUUGGUUUGGGAGGGGGGUGUUUCUAUUUUCUAUUUGUGUCCAAAUUAAGUUCUACCGUUUCAGAUUAAAAGGAUGUGAUAUGCAUCUUACGUGAUAGUCCGCGAUGACAUUGGCCUUGACAAUUCCAUGCGGAGCUCCGCCUCUGUCGCGCCACAUGAGACAUUUGACAACCGAAGCGGAAGACCGCUUCUUAACUCUUCCUUAAGUCUCAAACCCGACCUGGGUUACCAAAUGCGAUGCAGGUGGGGUUUUGGAAGAGUUCAGCUUCUCCAUGUCUUUCGUUGACGACCUGGUUAUCUACCACAAUUCACGGGUCUAUGACGGUUACAUAUCGCAUUCAGGAGAACUCUCUUGGACGUGCGACAGAAGGGGAUGUUUAGGACUGGGCCUUGUCUAUCCCAUGAACCCGUGCGACAAUACAAACAGUCAUGGCGGCUCCGCGGUUAGCGCAACAGUGUCCUUCAACAAUACUUUCAGGCUAGAUAUUCUCCUUCUGCAGCUCCAAUAAACAUAUGCUUCUGCGAAAAUGAGCGACUGGGAAGAAGACGCAGACGAUUCCAGGAGCACUCCUCAGAAUGUGUAUAAUCCACCUAGCGGGAGAGGAUGGCACAAUUCCUAUGUCGAGAACGUCGAGGAAAAUUUUUCUGAUGGUAGGCGACCCGGCUUUGGACGAGGAAAGGCAAAUCGAUUUGGAAAUGCAAGAGAAGAGUACUCAAGCCCAGGAAAGAGGAAUGAUUAUUCCGAAAGUGGGAGCUUUAGAGGUUUCAGUGGAGGAGAAAGCGGGUUUGGUGGCAAACAAUUCGCACGUGGGGGUCGCUCGUGGAGAGGCAGCCGCGAAGAUGAUGGCUGGCAAGAUAGGAGAAACAGGGAUUAUUCUCGAGGAAAUGAACGUGAAAGAAAUAGUACUGAGAUUAUGGUGCCCUCAGAUGAUGUGCGCUAUAUCAUUGGCAAAGGUGGCCAAAAGAUAAGAGAAAUUCAGAGUGAAAGUGGAGCAUACAUUAAGGUGAAAAAGGAUGAUGCUACUUAUUCAGAGACCCCAGUAGAAAUUUCUGGCAGUGAAGACCAAAUUAAAAAAGCUAAAGAAAUGAUUGAACAGAUUAUUGGUCCUGAUUCAUCAGUAACAAACAACAUGGGAGGUCUAUCCAUUCAAAAUGGUACUUCAGAUGAAAGUUCCCAACCGGUUAAGCCCAAACGUAUUCCUUGGGCAAAGCUUCGUUCAGAACAGGAAGAAAAGGAAGCUGCAAGAUGGGCAGAUUUACCACCCAUCAAGAAAGUAUUUUACAGAGAGCAGCCAUCAAUUACAAACAUGGCUGAUGAAGAAGUGGAGAAAUUUAGAUUGGAUAAUAAUAGAAUCAUGGUAGAAAAUUAUGGGGAAUCCAUUCAGGACCGUAGUAUUCCAAACCCUGUUACAACAUUUGCCGAAGCUUAUGCUGAUUAUCCUGAAAUCAUGGAAGAAAUGAAGAAAGCAGGAUUUGUCAGACCAUCACCUAUUCAGUGCCAGUCCUGGCCAGUAAUCAUGUCAGGGAUGGACUUGAUAGGGAUCGCUCAGACAGGUACAGGAAAGACAUUGGCCUUUCUACUUCCUGCUUUCCUUCAUAUUGAUGGACAAGAAACGCCUCGUAAUGAAAGAGGUGGUCCUACUGUAUUAGUUCUUUCCCCCACACGAGAACUUGCUUUGCAAAUUGAAGCAGAAGUUAAGAAAUUUCAUUACAGGGGAAUAAAAAGUGUCUGUGUUUAUGGAGGUGGAAGCAGAAAAGGACAGAUUCAAGUGGUUCAGAAAGGAGUUGAGAUUGUUAUAGCUACUCCUGGUCGAUUGAAUGAUUUGCUUAUGAAUGAAAUAAUGGAUGUCAGAAGUGUCACCUAUCUGGUGCUUGAUGAGGCAGACCGUAUGCUUGAUAUGGGAUUUGAACCAGAAAUCAGGAAAAUUUUACUUGAUAUCAGACCGGACAGGCAAACAAUUAUGACAAGUGCAACUUGGCCAAAAAGUGUCCAGAGAAUGGCUGAUCAGUACAUGAAGGAUCCCAUGAGGGUGUUUGUGGGAUCACUGGAUUUGAAUGCUUGUCACAAUGUUACGCAGCUUGUUGAGGUUUUGGAUCCAGCUGAAAAGAAAGAAAGGACGCUUCACUUUAUCUCGCAAAUGACUGAGAGCGACAAAGUGCUGAUUUUCGUGGGCAAGAAAAUAAAAGCCGAUGACAUUGCGAGUGACUUUAUGUUGUCUGGAAUUCAAGGAGUACAGUGCAUACAUGGGGACAGGGAACAAAUCGAUCGCGAGCAAGCACUAGAUGAUUUUAAGACAGGCGUGGCGAAAAUCCUCAUCGCAACCGACGUAGCUUCCAGGGGAUUGGACAUUCGUGGUGUCACAUGUGUGCUAAAUUUUGACUUCCCACGAAACAUUGAGGACUACGUUCAUCGUAUUGGCCGCACAGGAAGGGCAGGUAAGAAAGGCACUUCGCUUACUUUUGUGACUCGAGAGGACUGGAGAAUGGCUCACAAACUCAUCAGUAUCAUGGUGGAGGCCAAUCAGGAAGUUCCCGAUGAAUUAGCGGACAUGGCGCAACGCUAUGAAGAAUUCCGUGAACGCAAUGGUUACAACGACAGGGGGGAGAGAGGUAGUGGAGGAAGAGGCGGUGACGGUUGUUACAAUUGUGGCGGGAGUGGCCACUUUGCCCGGGAAUGUCCCGAGGGAGGGGGUGAGAGACGAGAAAGAGGACGAGGGGGCGGUGGUGGAGGAAGGGGAGGGCGGGGAGGGCGGGGUCGAAGAGGAAACCGCGACGAUUAUUGGGAGCAGGGAUACGGAUUUUGGUGAGGGGUGUAUGCCUAACGAGACACACCCAAAGUUCCCCUCAUGGUGAAAUGGAACGAGGUCACCGCACUGGAUAAAAGAUGACGAUUGUAAUUUGGAGGUAUGCUUCCACCCUCCCCCUUGGUGAAAUGGUACGUGGUCAGUGAAAUGGCGAAAAGACGUCAAUGGUUUGUCACAGUGCAAAAAUUAUUUUGUGGUGUGAAUGCUCAAUGAAUCUCGAGCCAAAACCUUCAUUGCCCCGUUUGCAGUCCUCCGCAGAUUUUGCAUCGUUCCAUCCUUGAGUUCCGGUUUUGAGGCUUUCCGCCUCAUACUGCAAAUUUUGUACCGUUUAACAGAGUUGAAAAUUACUUUACAUUGAGAUAAUUGCUAUUU